AUGAGCAUCGCACCGACACUCACAGCUCCACCAGUGCCUUCUGGCUCAAGCCAUGUCAAUAUCCUCUCCGCUGCUUCGGGAGAGGUGAAAGUCAAGGUCUCAUCAGGAAACUCAAUAGAAGGGAAAAACGUCCUCGAUGGCUCAACAGAAACUUGCUGGACUUCCGACAACCUUCCUCCCAACUCCGAUCCUUCUUCUGCACACUACACGCUCUCUUUCAAACUUGCGGCACCUGUCAAGUUGGAUCGACUCCAUUCGAUAUCUGUUACUUUUGCAGGAGGCUUUUCGCCGAUUAGUCUGACGCUUUUAGGCUCGCAGGAUGGGAAGACAUGGCAAGAUGUAGGAAAGGAUGGAGUUGAGGUCUGGGUGAAAGACGCGAACGCUAAACAAUACUUCGACCUACACAAUGCCGUCAAAGGGGAGGAAGGGAGGGAGGUGAGAUGGUUGAGAUUCGACAUGAAAGGAAGUGCAGAUGACUAUGGCCGAGUGACGAUCUACCAAGUUGAGAUCUUCGCUCUUCAGUCAUAG